GGUUCCAGAGGAUUAAUGCUCAAAGCCCAAGUUAAAGGGCAGUUGAUAAGGUAUAAGAUAGAAAGAAAGCAAUGGCUACAGUUGCAGGAACCGAAGAAAAAUGGCUACUACUCUGCCAUCCAUUUCAUCCUCUUUCCUCCCAACGAUCCACCAUCAAAAUCCUCAAUUCUCCCUCUUCCAUGCUCCGAAACCAAAAAUCAAAACCUCCCGAGACCGCGUCGCUUUCAAGAUCCAGGCUGCUAAGCUUCCUGCAGGGGUAGAAUUGCCAAAAGUGGAGCCAACGUUCAAAGCACCAUUUGCUGGGUUCACAAGGACUGCAGAAAUAUGGAACUCUAGAGCUUGUAUGAUUGGCCUCAUUGGGACUUUCAUUGUGGAAUUGAUCAUAAACAAGGGAAUCCUUCAACUGAUUGGGGUGGAAAUUGGGAAAGGUCUUGAUCUCCCUCUAUGAGGAUUCAAUCAGAAGAGGGAGCAUUAGCGAGCAGUAUGUCAACAGCACUUGAAGUUUUAAACCCUGUAACUUAUUCAAGGUUUUCCUUAUCAAGCUGUCAGAGCACAUCCCAGAUGCAUAAAUUGACUCUUAUUUGUUUGCCAUUUUAUGAACAUGAAAUGAGUUUCACAUUCAAAGAA